AUGCAUGCCAUCACAAUUUCAAACUUUGCGAAAGACCAGCCUCCCACUGGGCUGCCCAGCCAACAGACGCCAUGCAAGAGUCCCAGUGUCGGGUCUCAUAGAUCCCCUGAACAUGAGGCUAUGGUUAUGCGGGCUUUUACGGAGCUUUCGGAGCUGGCCAGGCUCAUUGUACAGCUUACUGAGCGCUAUGCCGAAAGCAACGGGGUUCUAAACAGGAAGGAUCUAGGACAUGGAUCGGAGCUGCCAACGGAUAUCCUCCCAGGAAUGGCUACUUUCCUGCGAGAGAGGUUGCAGCAAAUCACGAAUGAUGCUACUCAUUGGCUUGGAUAG